CCCGUGACGCUGCUUGUACACGUAGCCUAGUAGGAUGUGUUCAUUGAAGAUGGUGGCGGUGUGUCACACUCCAGCAUACUUCUACGCCUGACUUCAGUCUUCAGUGAGAUCUCUUAGAGUGACCUGGUCCUCGGACCUGUUAACUCUGCGGACAUGCAGCCCCCUCCCCGGACUGGACGACCAGGAGCCUCUGGCCCUCCUCCUUCUGGGCCCAAUAUGUUCCGCAGGACCAGGCCUUACAAGCAUGCUGCUGCAGCUCCUGCCACAAUGCCUCCUGUUGCUCAACCCAUGACGGACCCUUUUGCUUUUAGUAGAGCUCCUCCCCCUAUGGCUGCAGGUGGCCUCCCAACAGUAUCUAACAGCAACCCUGCACCAGUGCAAACACCAUCUAAUGCCAUGUACCCUCAACCUGGCUCAGGGCUGCCUCCGCAACCACAGACACUGGAGGGUGCCACAGCUGCUGCUUCUGGAGUGACCCUCUUCAACCCUCACAGUACACCACCCCUUGGUCCAACUGGAUACGUAUCCUCACAUAAUGAACAGGGAUAUUUUAAUUCAAGAGAACAGAUACCAUCUGCAUCCACAGAGUCAGCACCUAUGGCUACAGCCUCAGAACCUAGUCAGACACCUUUGAACCCUGAAUUUCAAGGACAGUCUGGUCCUCUGCCAGUGCCCUUCCAGCCACUGCCACCGGUCACCACCUCCUCUUCCCAGUGGGCCCCUGAUCACGGAAGUCGCCCCCCAUCAGUUCAGAACUAUUUCCAGCCUACUAGUGACCCUGUACCACAGCCAUUUAAUAUACCUCCACAAACCCAGAUGUACCCCUCCCACAGCCCAUCACCCCUUCACAACACCCCUACCCCUCCGACCCAACCUGCACAUCUUCAGAAUCAGGCUUCUCUUCCUUCUCAAAAUCCACUAAAACCUCCUACUUCUCAGUGGCCAGACCCAAAUGGUCCCCAACAGCAUAAUUCCCAUUUCCAAACACAGAGUUACUUCAGUCAGAGCUCUGCUGCACCAGAUCUUUGGUUUAACCCGCCCCCACAGGACUCGGGCUACCAUCAAAUGGGUACUGGUAUAGGUCAUCCUCAGCCCCUUCUUGACGCUGCUGGAUCUCAGCCUGCAACCAGUACUGGGCCUGGGCCUAGUUCUAGUACUGUCCCAGCCCCACUUCCACAUUACCAGGAAUCCGGUACACUUUCAAUGUUCUUCAAAGACAAUGAUGUGGAAAAUGAGGAAACGCUGUCUGCAGAGAGAAAUAAGGCAGUAAAUGGUAUUGCUGGAACUUUUCAACUUCACAACAACCAGCAGGCACACAGUAGUCAUGCAGAUGUUUCUUCAGAUUACCAAGGAGCUUUUCUUCAAGAUCACUCACAAGUACCUUACAUGAUCGAUGGCAAUCAACCAUCACAGGGAAAUGCUCAGAAGCCAUCGGAUUCACAGUUUGACCAUGUAGAGAAUUUGGAGUGUGUUCCAAACCAAGAAGUAUUACCCAGUGAAAUCCAUAGUAAUACUGCUGCUACUGCACCCCACAGUGCUGAGCAGUUUGAAACUGGACCCAACCUGGAGACUCCAGAUUCAAUUCCCAGACCAAUGAGAUCUGCCAGUGUGUCGUCCAACUACAGCAACAUGAGCCAUGGGAGUGGAACAGGCACUCGUCGACAUCAGGGGGUGGUGGGCACCUUUAUUCAACAGGAAAGCUCACGACUCUCUGAUGAUCCUAAUCAGCCUGUUGCUGCAGCUGCAGCUGGAGGCUACUUUGAACAGAUUGACACUUCUCCAGCUGGAGAUGUGGGUGUACAGCAGAGCUCUCUGGAGCAAAUGUGGCCCCCCACGCCUAGCCCUCCCAAACCAACCGGUAUCUUUCAGGCCAGUGCUAACAGCUCUUUCGAACCUGUGCGCUCACAUGGGGUCGGGGUGCGUCCUGCUGAGAUUGACAGGGCUAAAAUGGUAGCAGAAGGGGGUGCAGAUUGUACACCAGGUAAUAUGGAGCAGCCACCAGACAAUAUGGAAAAUGUUUAUGGCUCAGGUCACCCUCUGCCUGCAGGUGCUGGAGGUGCCGUACCUCCUUUGACACACCCAGUGGUCUAUUCUCACUCUCGACCUUCAUCCCGUGCUCAUGGAGUUAAUCAGCCCUGUGAGAGUCCUGCCACUACUCUGUGGGCUCAGAAUGAUCCUACGACCUUGGGCGGUAACAUCCUCCUCGCCCCUGCUGCCCCAAUAGUUCUUGCCCCAUUACGAGAGCCAAGUGCUGAUGUUAUCCAACCUCCAGAGGAUGGUCCACUGGACCUGCAGCCCUCCCAAAGAACCCAGCCACCUUCGCAUCAGCACUCAGAGAAUCUAGAGAACCCGCCAAAGGUGAGUGAGGCAGAGCCAAGUGACUCUCAAGGCAACCUGGGCUAUGCAUCUCUCCUUGUGUCUGGCUCGCUUCACCAACCUGUUUUCAUUGCUCCGCCAGUGUCCAAUUACAGUGUGAUUCCCCCUAGUACCACUCCUCAAGCAGCCACUCAAAGUAGCCUUAGGGAAACUACCCCACCUGUGAGAUUGAUUGCACAGGGGCAGGGUCCCACUACCUCCCAACCAGCUUCAGUAACAUGUAAUCAAAAUCCACUUUUUUCUCCUGGAAUCCUGAGCUUCAGUGUUUCGGCUUCUAAUCAGAGUCCACUCAAUCUGACUCGAGACAACACAGCAGCUACGACAUCAGAAAUCACAGCAUCGCCGCAUCCCCAGCCUGUCCGCCCUCCUCUUUCAAGGGGUCAAUCAGUGGCUGGAGAGAGUAACUCUGCUCUCCAAGUUAAUCUGCAAACUUCUCUUGUGAAUGAUCCUUCCUCUAAUCAUAAUCAGCCAUCAAAUUAUGAACUCCUUGAUUUUUCUAUGCACCAAUCACAAGCCCAGAGCCAGGCUUCUGGACACCCUUCCUCUCUUCACGAGUCUCCACAAUCUAGUAAUGGAUUUUACCUACAGGUCACCAAAGAUGCUCUAAAAGUGGAAGGGAAUGCCUCUGUCCAGACUCCAACUUCUUCAUCUACCACACAGGUACCACCAGCACCCUCUCAAACAGCUCCAAACACCCAGCAGCCCCCAGCAGAACCUCCUAAGGUAUUAGAUUCUCAGGCUGCACAGCACGGACAAAAAGAUGCUCCUCCUGUUACAGCGAGUGGAGCACAACCCCCCAGUUACCAGUAUCCUGCUCCAAUACAGGGGCCAUCUGCAGGAAAUGCUCCUCCUCCUGGGCCUCAAGGUCCUCCAGGGGCUCCACAGACAACUCCUGCGGAGCCACCUCGCCCACCGUCCUCUGCAGGAAGCCAUCAAGGCUAUGGGCCUCCACCAGCACCGGGUCAGAUGUAUAGUGGCUAUUAUAAUAAUUAUGGAGACUACCCAGAUAGCAGAGCACCAUAUCCUUCUGGCCAAUACCCACCUCCAUCUGGGGAUCCUAGAGCACAGCCAUAUUAUCAAGCAGGACCAUACAGGAACAGAGUAGAUCCUUGGUAUGGCAGAUAUGAGGGGCAGACCCAAAGUUAUCGUGAUACAAACUACCAGUACAGAGAGCCUCAGCCGGAGCGUCCUAACUCUAGAGCCAGCCAGUACUCUGACAGGCCAUCAUCCAGGCAAGGCUAUCACGAGGAUUACCACAGAGCAAACCAAAGUGCCUAUAGUGAUUAUUAUGCAAAUUAUGCCAAGUACUUUGGAGGAUACUAUGGACACUAUGACCCCAGAUAUAGAGGAUACUAUGACCAGUCCUACUGGGCUUAUGAUGAUAGCAGAAGGGGAGACAGCUACAGCAAUCAAUCUAUGUAUCCUACCAGGAAGGCUGGCUAUGAGGACCAGUGGCAGUACUAUCCUGGUUACGAUGCUAGCUUUGAUGAGGACUACCGUCGUCAGGGAGAUGCUUAUGGUGAUGACUUUGACCGGCGCAGUGUCCACAGUGAACAGUCAGUCCACAGCUCCCACAGUCACCACAGCAGACGGAGUAGCUUCAGCUCACGAUCGCAACAGAGCCAAGUGUACAGGAGCCAGCCUGACUUGGUGUCAGCAGCAUAUGAUAACACAUCAUCCACUCUGGCUGUGGAUUACUCCUAUGGGCAGUACCCAGAUCAGACUGAUGCAUCUCACAACUAUAGCCAGUACUAUCCCUCUGGGUAUACCACCGAAAGCACCUGGAUUGCCCCUGAGCAGCCCCCUCCUCGUCCUGCAACCCCAGAAAAGUUCACCAUACCACACCGCUGUGCUCGUUUUGGACCUGGUGGACAUCUUGUUCAGGUUCUGCCAAAUCUGCCCUCAGCAGGACAGCCUGCUCUAGUUGACAUCCACAACCUUGAGACCAUGCUGCAGGAUACCACUGAUCAGGCAGAACUGCGAGGUUUCCCUGGACCUCUUGUCAAGGAAGAGACUCACAAGGUGGACGUGAUUAAAUUCUCCCAGAACAAAGCAUUGGAGUGUUCCCGUGAUAACAACCUCUUAGACAGAGACUCUGCCCGCCUCCUCUGGGACUUCAUCAUGCUGCUAUGUAGACAGAAUGGGACUGUUGUGGGCACAGAUAUUGCUGACCUCUUGCUGAAGGAGCAUCGCUCUGUCUGGCUUCCCGGCAAGAGUCCUAAUGAAGCCAACUUGAUUGAUUUUAAUAACGAGCCACUGGCGAGAGCCGAGGAAGAGCCUGGAGCCGGACCACUGUCUCUACUGUCGGACACUUUCAUGACUGUCCCAGAAAAUUUUGGCAAAGAAACAGAACGCUUCAGGGAGCUGCUGCUGUUUGGCCGAAAGAAGGAUGCACUAGAAGCAGCCAUGAAGGGAGGUCUCUGGGGCCAUGCCCUGCUAUUGGCCAGUAAGAUGGACAACAGGACUCAUGCCCGAGUCAUGACGAGGUUUGCUAACAGUUUGCCCAUAAAUGACCCUCUUCAGACAGUAUACCAGCUGAUGUCGGGGAGGAUGCCUGCGUCAGCCACCUGCUGCGGGGAGGAGAAGUGGGGAGACUGGCGUCCUCAUUUGGCCAUGGUGCUGUCAAACCUCACACACACCCUGGAUUUGGAUACUCGCACAAUUACCACCAUGGGCGACACACUUGCUUCGAAGGGCCUGGUUGAUGCAGCACACUUCUGUUAUUUGAUGGCUCAAGUUGGUCUUGGCGUUUUCACAAAGAAGAGCACAAAGAUGGUCCUGAUUGGCUCCAACCACAGUUUGCCCUUUUCUCAAUUUGCGACUAAUGAAGCAAUCCAAAGGACUGAAGCCUAUGAGUAUGCUCAGUCUCUAGGCUCACAACCUUGUUCGCUGCCAAAUUUCCAAGUGUUUAAAUUGAUCUAUGCAUGCCGCUUGGCUGAGGCAGGCUUGAGCGCUCAGGCCUUCCAUUAUUGCGAAGUUAUCUCGAAGACCGUCCUCGUGCAGCCUUCUUACUACUCCCCCAUUUUUAUCAGUCAGAUCAUACAGAUGUCUGAAAAGCUGCGGUUCUUCGAUCCACAACUGAAGGAGAAACCAGAGCAGGAGUUGUUCGUUGAGCCGGAAUGGCUGAUUCGCCUGAGACAGCUGGAUGGACAGAUCAAAACGGGUCUGAUUACGUACAAUGCAGACAGAACAACUCCGAUACAGUUUGAGUGCAGCAGCCCUAGCUCUGACUUGGACCAUCCGAGCCCACCAAACAGCAUGCCACUAGAUAACCCAGCCCCUGAUAACCCACUCAUGAGCUCAUUACUGCCUGGGUCUCCACCACAGGGAGUCCAGUUGAUGCCUCCAGGUUUGUUGUAUCUGGAGGUCUAUGCAUUUCAUUUAUAUCUGUGUUUUCUGGUAUUUUCCAUCAUCCAGUCAUCAGGACGCCGCUCCCGUACCACCUCGGAGUCUUCUACUCACUCUGGUGGAAGAGAGCGGAGCAACUCAACUGUGGUGCAAGCCUCUCCACCUCCACCCUCAAUCCCCGAGCAGCCCAUUAAAGAAGAGGCCAAGAAAGUCAAGAAGGACUCUCCAAAAAAGAAAGGGGUUGGCUGGCUGGGUUGGAUCAUUGGGAAAGGAAAGAAUGAAGCUCACUUGCCAGAUGACAAAAAUAAGUCUAUUGUGUGGGAUGAAAAGAAGCAGAGAUGGGUCGACUUGAACGAGCCUGAGGAGGAGAGCAAGCCACCUCCGCCACCACCCUCUGUCUUCCCCAAGAUGCCUCAAGUUCCUGGUCCUGGAGGGCCUGCUGCACCGCCGAGUAGUAUUCCUCCUGUCAACAUGUUUUCCAGGAAGGCAGGCACAAAGAGUAGAUACGUGGAUGUUUUGAACCCCAGCAGAGCUGCUAAACCUGGCGGUCCAGCUCCUGCUCCAGCGGACAUCUUUGCUCCUUUGGCACCAAUGCCUAUUCCUACUAACCUGUUUGUGCCUAGCUCAGCUCCCGAUGAUCAACAACCUCUGGAAGGCAGUGAAGGAGGCAAUCAGGAGCAGAACUCACCAAACACCAGUGCUGGUCCACAGAUGUUCACCCCAAUGUUGUUACCACCUGCCCCAGAAGGUCCUACAGUGCCUGAUGGCUCCCAUUCUGGAGAGCUGUCACGUUCUAGUUCAAUGAGUUCUUUAUCACGCGAAGUGAGUCAGCAUUUAAACCAGAGCGAUCAAGCCCAGGGGACUGCACCUGCUGGGGGCGUCACCUUUUAUAACCCCUCACAGUUUGCACAGACAAGUGCACCAUCAGGAGUACGCUCAGGUCGUUUGGGCGGUCCACGUCAGUACCCAGUGAUGAAGUAAAGAACAUCCCACUGAAAGAGGCAGACUUGUUGGAUAGCAGAGGAUUCUAGCUGAAAGUAAAAGAAGCACAUGAACAAACUGCUUUAUGUCUUAAGGACCCUUCUUCCUGCCUGUACCUAAGAAGAGUAUAAUCACAUUAUCCGUCAUGUCAGAACUCAACCCUUUUUCUUUCUUUUUUCCUUUUUUUUUUUUCCUUUUUUUUCCCCCCCUCCCCUGUUCAGUAACUAUUACUGACUUUGAUGUGUUUCUGACACAGGCGUGUUUCCAUGAAGGGCUUUUUCUCGCAUCCAAAUAGAAAACUGACAGUUAAAAAAUGGAGGCUGAUCUGUGGAUGCAUUCAUACACAAAUUGUACAUUCAUGUAGGUUUGAUUUAAUGUACAGUAAAUGCGUCGAUCCUCUAAAGCUACCCGGCUUCCGCACAAACGUAACACUGUUAACAGAAUGAUCAUCCCUUUUCUCGAUUCUGUCUCAAGUCCAGAUGCCUGUGAUUGCUUGUAUGUGUGACAGGUAGAAGAGCUGCACUUUGUCUUUCUUUUUUUUAAAAUCCAGAUUUUGGACUUUUAUGUGCAGCUCUUUGGUGUCCUGUCAAAUGGAGACUGGUACUGCUUCGUCUGCUAUGCCCUUUGCUUUUUCUCAGUCGCCCUUCAGUAAUGGAAGCAUGAUGGAUGAUGUAGAGAAGAAUGAAAGUCUGCAGUGUUAGGAUGCUGCGCGUUUCAAAUACCUAUUUCAACUGCCCAUCAAUUUUAACGAAGUGUCCACAGGGUCUUUUCGUCCAAGCGAGCUCGAGUUUCUCUCGCAAGAAACUGAAUAAUGAUCUUAUCGAGAGGUGGUCUGCAGAACGACAAGAACCGGGAUUCAAACUGCAUUUUAAAUGUCGCUAAAAAUGAAUCUAUCCAAAUAUUUGUAUAUCAGAUUGAUUGUAUUUAUGAGAUGUAGAAAUAAAAGUGUGAGUGUGUGUGUUUGUGUGUGUAGAGCAACUAAUUUUUCUGAUACGCUUUGACAAAAUGCAUUUAUGAUUGAUUGAGAUGACAGAUUCAUAUUCUGAUCACCUGUAUUGGCCGCUUCUGCAAAUAAAUCUUUAUCUACAUUGUAAAAUGAAAGAAUUUUA